AUGUGGAGGAGGAUGAGGAAGAGGAAGACCGAAGCAUUGAUCUCCACCGGAACAAGCAGCGUGAGGAGGAGGACGAUGAGCUUUGGAAUUGGGACGCUUGUCAAUUUUGCGGCGUGCGUCACGUUUGCGCUCCCCGGCGACGCAAUGCGCGCGCAAACGGCGUUCCCUCCCGAGUGCGCUCCAGGGGGCCACGGGCUCCUGCAGAACCCAUACCGCAGCACCACCUUCAGCUCCAGCGGGCUUCUGCAGUCGUCCCUGCGGGAUUUCGUCUGUGACCAUUCCCUGGCACCCGGCUGGUACCAGUUCCAGAUUUUGAACAAACCGGCCAGCAUGCCUACCCGUUGUGUGGAGGUCAACCACUGCGGGACCCAGGCUCCGGUGUGGCUGUCUCUGGGAGAAGGCGAGUCCCUCCCCGGUCCUCUGGAGGUCCGACACCUGACCGCCUGCGCCGCCUGGCAGUCAUUCCCGAGCAGCAGCAAGGAAUGCUGUCUGUUCCGCAUCCCGGUGUCCGUGCGCAACUGCGGAGACUUCUACGUUUACUUGCUGCAGCCCACUCAGGGAUGCAUGGGCUACUGUGCACAAGAAAUGGCAGACAUGUCAUCUGCGACGUCGCUUACCUGCAACCACGGUGAGGUCCACAUGGACGGAACGUGUACAACAAUGAGAUCAGUCAAGGAGCCUGCCGCUCCAUCCGUGCCCGUGAUCGGCCCCGAGUGGACGGCCAGUGGCGUGUAUCUGAAGUGCAGCUUCUCCACCGACUCCACUGACAAAUCCGGCGGCUCCCUGGGCCACGUGGUGGCCUGGUCCCGAGCCUCCCCUCAGGGCAACCAGGAGGAGCUCAAGCAUGAGACCACCAUCCAGACGUGGGCCCUCAUUGAGCUGGAUGGCUUCAACCUCCGCCUGGGAGACAAGAUAUACUGCUCCGUCUACAGUUUCUUCUUGGACUCUCCGGACAUCCGCGGCGCUUCAGUGGAAAGUCAGGAGUUCUUUGCUGGGAUUCGGCUGAGACCAGAGGUGAGCGUCAUUUCCGAGGACGGGAAGCUGUACGAGCUGAUGGUCGAGAGCACCGUUCCUGUCCCGUGUCUGGAUGAGUCGUCGUCGUCUUCACAGUCAGGGCAAUGCACCCUCUCCUUGACGUUCAGCACUAACAGCCAAGACAAAGCGGUACUGGGCUCUGACGUGUCCCUGUCCUCGUGCUCUGUGGACUUGCCCGGGGCUCCGUGCCAGGAUGGUGUCUGCGGCCGGGCCGUGGUCCUUUUCACCGCCAUCGCCGACUUUGUCAGAGACGGCGAUCGGACCACUAACAUCUCCGUCCGGCCCCUUGUCACCAGCAAUUUUGUGUGGAACGGUUACGCUCCGGAACCUGUUCAGCUCAAAGUGCAGGACGUGCCUUCAGCCUACUGUUACUCUUUCACCGACCCUCACGUCGUCACAUUUGAUGGCAGGCAUUACGACAACUACCAGGUGGGCACGUUCGUGCUGUACAGGAGUGCUCGCUGGCCCUUUGAGGUCCACGUGCGGCAGUGGGAGUGCGGGGGUGGCGGGGCGGCCCCCACCUCGUGCGCAUGCGGCGUGGCGGCCCAGGACGGCGACAACGUGGUCGCCUUGGACAUGUGCAACGGCGACAUGGGCCAAACCAAACCUCGCCUCUCUGUGCAAGAGAGAGACCUCAGUAAGAGCGGGGUGCGCGUCCACGAGGCCUACCAGGGGCGCAAAGUCACCCUGACCUUCUCAUCCGGAGCGUUGGUACGCGCCGACGUGGCCGACUGGGGUCUGAGUCUGACGCUGAGGGCCCCCGGUUCAGACAGGGGCCAGACCGAGGGCCUGUGCGGCACCUACGACGGACAGCCCGACAACGACUUCCAGUUCUCGAUGAGAACAAGCGUGGAGGAUCUGCAGGCUUUUAUCUCUCAUUGGAGGCUUCGUCCAGGAAGCAGCCUGUUCGAUACAGUACGACCGAAAUCCUCAUCGCCUCCGAGCGCACUCAGUUCCCGCAAAUUCUGUGACUGUCCAUCAUCGCCCCAGAGUGGAACGCUGCCCGAAGGCUCCCAGGACGCCGUCUGUUCUCGCCACGGUAACGUGCGCCUCCCCACUGUCAUCCCGUCUCUGGACGUCACGGCGCGGUACAUCAGCUCGGUGAAGUUGCUCGCCGGGGAAGAAGGAGCAGUGCGGCCUCCCGGGCAUCCUACUAGGGGUCCCCCAUCUGAGCGGCGGAGCAGGCACAGGCACCACUUCAUCCCCGCCGCCUCGCACAAAAGCCUCAGCCAGUCCAACCUGGAGGGUUUCGCCUACUUCUUCCCCGAAGACCACAAACCUGACGCCGGCUUAGACCUAAAUCUUACAUGGCCGACGCCCUCCGGGUUGACGGAGCGUGAGGCGCGGGCCGAGUGUCGGGGCGCCGUCGCCAACUCCAGCCUGGCCCAGAGUUGCGGGGGGCUCUUGGGGACUGACGUGGUGGGCGGCGCGGUGGAAAUGUGUGUCGGCGAUCUGCGCCUGAAGGACGAGCGAUCGUGGCUGGACGCCGCCCUGCCCCUGCUGGAGAACGAGUGCGAGAGACGGCUGGUGGAGGAAGGGCAGCGGGGGACGCCCCACCAGAACCACCUGGACGCUGUGGCUGUACUCAAGUGUCCCAAUCUGUGCAAUGGAAACGGGCAGUGCUUGGAGUGGGGAUGUGUCUGCUUCCCCGGCUUUGGAUCUUACGACUGCAGUGUCUUGUCUGAAAACGAGCCUCCCUUGCUGGUGUCGCUUCCCCCCCAGGGCCUGCGGUCCUUCCAGGGGGAGGAGUUGCUCUACCAGUUGCGGGCCCGGGACCCCGAAGGCUCGGCGGUGGUCUUCACGCUUCGAUCGGGUCCCGAGGGCGCUUCGUUGUCCCCGUCCGGUCUCAUCCGGUGGAAGGUGACGGCCGGGCACACCCGCUCACACGCCUUCAACUUUAGCGUGACGGACGACUGCCACGCCGAGACCCUCGCUUCCCUACACGUGUCGGUGCGUCUGUGCGAGUGCACGAACGGCGGCUCGUGCGUGAGCGACGUCAACGUGCCUGCCGACAGCGGUGAAUACACGUGUGCCUGCCCGGAUGGGUUCAAAGGUCAGCGGUGCGAGGUGGAUGUGGACGACUGCAAGCCCAACCCCUGCAGGCUGGGACGCUGCGUGGACGGACCAAACUCCUUCACCUGCAUUUGCCCGCCCGGAAUGACAGGCGGAACGUGUCGAGAGGAUGUGGACGAGUGCGCCUCUGGGCCGUGCUUCCCCAGGGUGGACUGCGCUAACACGCCGGGCUCCUUCUCUUGUGGACUGUGCCCGCGGGGAUACGCCGGCGACGGCGCUAUCUGCAUUCCCCUGAGAUUAACGGUGAUGCCGGCGAGAGUGGCGCCUUUUCCCCCGAGGCCCCGAGCCCCCCCGCCGUCACGCUCGCCCUGCUCCCGGGAACCGUGCCACCCUGGCGUUCGGUGCUUCCAAAGCCCCCACGUGGCAGCGGGCUACGUCUGCGGACCCUGCCCGCCUGGUCUCCCUGGCAACGGGACGACCUGCACGCCAUCAAGUCAGGCGAUCUUCGCAGCUGAACAAAUUCCCAACAGCAGACUGAAUCCAGUCAGGCAAACGACCCCUACCAGCUUCUCCUCAUCGUCAUCGUCGCCCACCUCACCCAGACGGCCCCCCGACAGAAGCAGGAGACCGGGCGCCACCGUUUCCCACCCGCGAGGAGCUUCUUCUUCCUCCUCGGAGAGAAGUCCAGGACGAUGCCCACACGGAUACGUGGGUGAUGGAGUCACGUGCAAAGCUGUGUGCAGGUUUCAGUGCGGGAGAAAUAUGGAGUGCACGCAGCCCAAUACGUGCACCUGCAAGGACGGCUACACCGGAUACGACUGUCACAUAGCCGUGUGUCGGCCGGACUGCACGAACCAGGGCAGAUGCGUGCGUCCUAACGUGUGCGAAUGCCCCCUGGGAUACGCCGGGCCCACCUGUGAGGAAGCGAGCUGCGAGCCGCCGUGCCGACACGGAGGCACGUGUCUGGCGAAGAACCUUUGCACAUGCUCCUACGGCUACGUGGGACCGAGAUGUCAAAUCAUGGUGUGUAACAGGCACUGUGAAAAUGGCGGGGAGUGUGUUUCUCCCGACGUGUGCAAAUGCAAACCAGGCUGGAAUGGACCAACUUGCAACUCUGCUGAGUGCAGUCCGGUAUGUCUGAAUGGAGGAACGUGCAUGAAACCAAACGUUUGCGCUUGUCCCGCCGGAUUCUACGGCUCACAGUGUCAAAUUGCUGUGUGCAGCCCCCCUUGUAAGAACGGAGGCCAGUGCAUGAGGAACAACGUGUGUUCAUGUCCUGAAGGCUACACGGGGAAACGAUGUGAAAAGAGCGUGUGCGAGCCCACAUGUAUGAACAAAGGCAAAUGUGUGGGGGCCAACACGUGCUCGUGUUCGUCGGGAUGGAAAGGAAAUCGAUGUCACAUACCCGUGUGUCUACAAAAGUGUAAAAACGAAGGCGAGUGCGUGGGGCCCAACACAUGCCACUGUCCCACCGGCUGGGACGGUCUGCAGUGUCAGACACCGGUCUGCAGACUGCGCUGCCUGAACGGGGGGCGAUGCCUGCUGCCCGACUACUGCCACUGUCGCAGGGGCUACAAGGGCCUCACCUGCGCCAUUCAGGUCUCGAAAGCAUGAUACAAAAUGAAGUGAAAGAAGAUUGUGAGUGUAGAUAAUGUAUGAAUGGCGCCGCCUAAAGGGGAUUUAUUAUAUUGUUUUGGUCCCCAUCAUGUCCACUACCUCAAAAAAAAAAAAAAUUAAAAAAAGCUUUCUUGUCCUGUCACACCCGCGAUUGGCUGGCAACCAAUUCAGGGUGUACCCCGCCUCUCGCCCGAAGAUAGCUGGGAUAGACUCCAGCACGCCCGUGACCCAAGUGACCAUUAGUGGUACAGAAGAUGGAUGGAUGUUCUGUCACAAUUGGUGGUGUACAUCGGUUGCAAUUUUAGCAUUGAAAGCCCUUGUAAAGUGAAAAUUAACAAGUAUUGUAAAUUUGGCACACCACAGAGAAGGGUGUUUUGACAACCAUGGUAAUUUUGAAAAUUAAUUUUAAAAAAUUGUCACGUAUGAGGCUUCAAAAUGGUGAAAAAUCAAGCAAUUGUCUGUGCUCUUAAAUGCUGUGAGCGUGUCCGUUUGAUGCGUGAAACCACGCUCUGCUGAAAUAUCGUUGCUACUCAGUCGAACAUCUUCUUAUGCCUCAUCCUUAAACAUUUUAGCUGAUAAAAUAUGAAAGCCUCUGGUGGCUGGAAUAUCUCCUACCGGGUCAUCGCGGGGCUUUCCACGCCAAGCUAACAGGCGCGGGUCUCCUAAUGGUAAGUAAGUAACUCGCAAUUGCGCUGGAUAACCAUGCGAAUGAUGGGAGCCAAGGCACUCAACUUCUUAAAAAUGCCGAAGUGCAUCACUCGGCACCGUUUUAACCACGCUCCCAAAAACCAUCCAUCCAAUAUCUGAGGCACGGGGAGAACAUGCAAACUCCACACAGGCGGGGCCGGUGAUUGAACCCCGGUCCUCGGAACUGUGCGGCAGACGCUCUAACCAGACGUCCACCGUGCCGGCCCCCAAAAACCAAGAUACCUGAAAUGGUGAAAAACAGUUUAACGUUAUCUUCUCAAGUGAGUACUACAUAGUUCUUGGUCUUUGCGCAUGUUUUCAGCAUUUAUCUUUAAACAUUUAUACAGUGAGAUAUGAGUUUAAUUUGUUCUGUGACCACGCUCGUAACUCAAACCACUUGUAUCUGAAAUCAUCUUUCCCCACUGAAAUGUAUGGAAAUGCCAUUUAUCUGUUUCAGCCCCCCCCCCCCCUUCAAAAAAAAAAAGUUGUAAUGUGUUUUAAUAAGAAAAAUAGCUCCAUAUAUAUUGUACUUUAUAAAAACAUUGAAUAAUGACAUAAAUAGAACUAAAACGUUUUUGUCACACUUUUUGCCUCAGUUAAAUGGACAUUGUGCUGCUGCUUCUCGUGUAUGUGCCUUGGCCACCUCGGGCAGUAUAAUACAAACGGCUAUACAUUAAGAUGGGUCAGUCCUCAGUAAGCCGCAUUAAUAUUAAUCGUUCUUGGCAGAGGAUAAAGAAUAUAAGCCAGUGUGUAUUCCUCUUCUUGCUCCACAAUCUGUGUCCAAAUAUCUGUUACUUCAAGGGUUAUAAAACUGCAACAUGGAAAUUAUUCGUUAGCCCGUCCGUGGCGUUUCCUAUUAUGUGUUAGCAUUAAGAUAGCGGACUUUCCUAAGGUAAAGUUAUGUCCAUCCAUCCAUCUAUUUACUUCCGCCAAUCCGAGGUCGGGUCGCGGGGACAGCAGCUUAAGCAGGGAAGCCCAAACUUCCCUCUCCCCAGCCACUUCGUCCAGCUCUUCCAGGGGGAUCCCGAGGCGUUACCAGGCCAGCCGGGAGACAUAGUCUCUCUAGAGUGUCCUGGGUCGUCCCCGGGGCCUUCUCCCGGUGGGACUUGCCUGGAAUACCUCACCAGGGAGGUGUCUGGGGGGGGCAUCCUAACCAGAUCCCUGAGCCACCUCAUCUGGCUUCUCUUGAUGUCUGAGCCCCUCCUGGAUGACCGAGCUUCUCACCCUAUCUCUAAGCGCGAGCCUGGACACCUUGCGGAGGAAACUCAUUUCACCCACUUGUAUCCGCGAUCUUGUUCUUUCGGUCACGACCCACCGCUCGUGACCAUAGGUGAGGGUAGGAAACAUAGAUUAACCAGUAAAUAGAGAGCUUCGCCUUUCAGCUCAGUUCCUUCUUCACCACAACAGAUCGAUUGAGAGUCCGCAUCACUGUGGACGCUCCACCGAUCCGACUGUCGAUUACCCGCUCCGUUCUUCCCUUACUCGUUAACAAGACCCCGAGAUACUUGACUCCUCCACUUGGGGAAGGAUCAGUGGCGUGUCAAACAAGACAGCCCUAUAACAUCCCAAGUCUUUAGGAAUUCAGUGAGGAUCUUAUCCACCCCUGGGGCCCUGCCACCGAGGAGCGUUUUAACCACCUCAGUGACUUCAACCCCAGAGAUAGAACCUGCCUUAGAGUCUCCAGACUCUGCUUCCUCAUGGGAAAGUGUGUCGGUGGAAUUGACGAGGUCUUCGAAGUAUUCUCCCCACCGACUCACCAUGUCCCGAGCUGAGGUCAGCAGCGCCCCGUGCCCACUAUACACCGUGUUGAUGGUGCACUACUUCCGCCUCCUGAAAUGCCGGACGGUGGGCCAGAAUUCCCUCGAAGCCGCCCGGACGUUGUUUUCCAUGGCCUCACUGAACUCCUCCCGUGCCCGGGAGUUUUGUGGUUGUUUUAAAUAAAGUGUGAUGUACUUUGUUUUAUGUUCAGUUUUACAGUAAACUUUGACAAGGAGUGGCAUCAAACAGCUUGAAGCCUCUAUUUUAAAGAAUUGUUAAAUAUCAAAGCAAAUAAAAUCGGCCGAACAAUGGCCUAUAUCUUGAAAAACCUGUACAUCGGGUCUGAUUGCACCGCUGUCAUGUAUUUAGAAACAAAUCUCUGAAUUCACUUAGCAGCGUUUUUAAUUAUGAUUAGUAGUACAUGCUAUUGUGUUUAUUAGCGCGCCUGACAGUAACUCUGAAUGUUAAAUGGAAACCUUUUACAACCAAAAUA